CCAUCGUCGUUGUCGUUGUCGUGAACUUCUUGUGGGCGCUGUUGCGGCUGUGUCUAUGGAAGCGAGACCGAGCAAGUUUCUCGGUCUCGCAUGCGUUGUCGUCGAAGCUUGGGGCCCAUUUUCGGUUGAGACCUGAGCCAGUCUGGAGUGGUGCUUCUUCCGCGGACAGACUCCGUAUUUCUUCAGCCAGCAUGUUGGGAGCCAAACUCUGUGUGUUUCUACUUUGCGCGCUUCUCCGAGCUGUCUUCAGUCAGAUGUACCAAGCUCCGCAGCGCUGCUCCAAUCGUCUGGAGAAUGCUCUUGAGCACAUGCGUCGACGCAGUGUUCAGACCAAGAAUUCACGUUCUAUGUGGGAGCAGCCACUGCAAACACCGUAUCAACUGUAUCACAACUUCUAUGGUCAGCAAAGUGAUCCCGAGGAUGACUUCUACAACGUGGGCAGCAGUGCCAACUACGUACGCGGUUACUACGCUAAGAGCAUCCGGCGUAGUGGACGCCAUUAUGCAUUCAGCGGCUCCUCCAGAGGUGGCAGUGGGAGCGGCAACAGUGCUCUAGAGCUAGAGGAUUUGCUGUCAUCUCAGCAGUCGCAUCAACCCUAUCAGAAUCGUCAACCACACAAACUGGCCAUCUCGCGGGUUGAGGUUGAGGAUCUGAAGGUGCGCGUGCCGCCGGCAAAAGCCGCGUCGCGGUGGGUUGAGAUUGAUAAGUGCAAGUUCAGCACUGAGAAUUCCACGCUUGACACACGACUCAUUUUCCCAGACUUGACACUCAGCGGCAAGGUGGUGCUGCAACCUACUGGUGGACGCUGCCACAUGAUAUUGCGCAUGAGACACGCUGGCAUUGAGUUUCGCACUGUUCCACUGGGUUCCGCCUUGGCAUCAGCGUCCUCAGCGUAUGAGCAAUCGCGAAGAUUGGGCGCCGCCUCGGUUCGCACGGAUUCGCACUUUGCCGAGCCUGGGUUUAUAUCCGUUUUUGCACACGGCUGCCAAGGACCGAGUGGGAUUCGAUUGCGUCAGAACUCAAAGCGACGCUUUGGCUACAGCGAAGGUGUUACCCCUGAAGUUGAAUUGGGUGAACCACAUGUUAUAAUGGGUACCUCUAAAAAGAAUAAACAGCCAGCGUACGAUAUACGACUGGAGCACACAACUCAAAGGGAUCACAGUCUGAAUCUGGAAAGUAACGAGGGAUUUCGAGAUUCCAGCGAAUUCUUUGAUCCGAAUGGGGACAAUUUUUACCGACGCCGACAAUUGGAGGGCAAGCGUCGCCGACGGCGACGUAGAAAUGUUAUGGCGGACGAUUACUCUUCCGAUGAGAUGCACUUCAAUGGAGAUGUAUUAAAUUUUCAGGAUGACCAACUGCAGCAGCUUGUAGAGCCAGAUGCUCGUGCUUUCGCCGACAUAUUCGGUAAUGGAGGAGGAGGAGGAGGCAAUCAUGAGGAACUUGUAGGCGACGCAAUGUCCAAUGAGCUGGAGAAGCUAUUUUCAAUGGGAGUGCGUGGACUGCUGACCACUUACAUGCAACGGGCCCUUCAGCCAGCGAUCAAGGAGACGCUCAUGGAGAACAUGGGCUAUACGCUUAGCUAUGGCUGAAGUCGACUCUUAAAUAUACGUAGUAUUUUCAGAGCAAGUGUAUUAAAGCUUUAAGUAUUUAACCA